UUUAGUGGUUGUUUUAUCAAAUACAGUUUAACCACGGAUGACGAAAGAAUGAAGAUGAUCGUGGCUCUUUGCCUUAUUUUUUGGAGUCGUGUUGCUUUGGGCUCGACUAAACAAGUUAGUGUUGAGUUGGUUGAUGGACCCAAUAAACAUUCUGGACGUGUGGAAAUAAUCAUUGGGAACCGUCGCGGUACGGUAUGUGAUGAUUCAUGGGACGAUAAAGAUGCAUCAGUCAUUUGCAGAUUGCUUGGCCACGGUGGUGGGAAAGCGAUGAUAAAAGCCUACUUUGGUCAAGGCAGUUCGAGUAUCCUAUUGGAUGACGUUCAAUGUGACGGUAACGAAACAUCUAUCCUUUCUUGCCGUCAUUCCGGAGUUGGCGUUCAUGACUGUGUGCACAAUGAGGAUGCAGGAGUUAUAUGUAGCCCUAUAUGUGGUGAGUAG